CUGGUUGCUGGGGAUGGCUGCGAGCAGGAGAAGGCAAUGGAAGAAGCCACAAGCAGCAAGGAGAAGGAAGAGGAGGAAGCCUUCCUCAUCAGCCUCUAUAAGUUCAUGAAGGACCGACACACACCCAUAGAGAGGAUCCCUCACCUCGGCUUCAAGCAGAUUAACCUCUGGAAGAUCUACAAAGCAGUGGAGAAGCUGGGAGCCUAUGAGCUGGUAACGGGGCGCCGGCUAUGGAAGAACGUCUACGAUGAGCUCGGGGGCAGCCCUGGCAGCACCAGUGCUGCCACCUGCACCCGGCGCCACUAUGAGAGGCUGGUUCUCCCAUACGUGCGGCAUCUCAAGGGGGAGGAUGACAAACCUCUGCCCCCCAGCAAGCCCCGCAAGCAGUACAAGGUCUCCAAGGGCACCGAGACGGGGGAGAAGGGCAAGAGGAGCAAGAAGGAGAAGGGCAGGGAGCAGAUGCCUCCGGACAAGGCAAAGCCAGAGGCAGCAGCCGGCCUGGAGGAUGCAGAGCGGGGCCGGGGGGCAGAGGGAUGCUCCAGCCCACUGGUCCUGAGCCCCCCGGGGGAGGGACCUGACCCCUGCAGGACCCACAGCGAACCCUACAAGCGCCUUUUCUCCAGCUUGCCAUCCAAAGGCAACCACCCCAUCAUGUCCCCGCUGGCCAAGAAGAAGCUGCUGGCCCAGGUGAGCAAGGCAGAGUCCUUGCACUGCCCCAAACGCCCCACUGGUGACACUGGCCCCAGCCCCAAGCCGCUGGCCACCAGCUCCCACCUGGAUGAGCAGAGGAGCCCGGAGCCGGCAGGAGCUCAGGAUGCAGCUCCCGGCAUCAGGAGCGAGGUGGGAUCCAUCACCAGCACAUCCCACACUGGCAGAGCCAGGGCCGAGGAUGGAGGACCGGUACCCACUGUGUUCACCGGCUGCUUCCAUGCGUACCGCAGUGAGGUGCUGCCCCCCGGCCGCUGCCCCCCACUCUGGGGGUGCUUUUCCAGCUUGAAGGACUUCCUGGAGCCACCUUCCUCCUUCCCACCUCGAGCCAAGGAGCAGGAGCAGCCCCAGGACCUGCGGAGCAAAGCAGGGCAGCUGUGGAGUGGUGACAGGCAGCAAGUGGCCACGGUCAAGGGGUGCUGGGUACCCCCCAGUGCCAGCAUCACCCCCAUGAGGGGCAAGCACGGCCGAGAGGAGGAGGAGGAGGAGGAAGAGGAGGAGGAGGCAGCCUUCGGCCGCAGUGUGAAGUUAAGGGCUGUGUCCCCCUUCAUCAGGGAGGCUGACAGCAGGGACAUGGGGCGCCAGCAAGGGCUGGCCAAGCCCAAGGCUGUGGUGGCCACCCCUGGCUACGCCACACGGCUGCCGCAAGCCCCGGACGCUUACAAGGGAGCGAUGCUGCAUUUCCCAGCCAGCUUUGGGAGCCCUCUGGAGCACCUCAAAACCCAGGGGGUGCCGGUGGCACCAGCCCUAUCCAUGAAUCCCUUCAUCAUUCCUGCUUUUCCCAGCCCGCUGGUGGCCACCUCCAACCUGUGCACCGGCCCUGGGCACUACACGGUGUCCUAUGGGAGCUCACCACGGCACCGGCACUACCCGGCAGCGACGUGGCAAAGCCAACCCCCUUACACCCCCCGGCACGUACCGGCCUUCCAUCGCCACACCAAGCUGUAGUGGUGCUAUCCCACAUUGCCACACCAAGCUGUAGUGGUGCUAUCCCGUGCUGGAUCAGCCUCAUUCCCAGUGCAAGAGGGAUACUGGGAUGCUGUGACUGCUUCCGAGCAAAGGGACUGAGAGGAGACAAUCUGGAUCGUGUCAUUUUUACUCUCGAUCUUAGAGCUGUUUGUAUCCACUUUGUAAUGCUGGUGACUUAACUACCAAUAUCACAAGGUUAUAUAUAUUAUAUAUAUAGAAAGAGAUACAUACACAUAAAAAAUAGGGAGCAAAA